AUGUCUCAAGAAUCUAGCAAGAAGAUGUCUUCCGGUCCUAAGCCCGUAACCAAUGUGCAUGGUGUUCGCUUUUUGGGGCUCAAACCAAAUACCCCCAAAUCAACUAGGGUUACUCGCUCCAGUGUCUCUGAAAUUUCAGAGGACGUUCUUGAAGAUGUUGUCCCGCUUCAACACAUUGAACCUGAAGGUAGUCACAAGAAGAAGCGAUCCAAGAGUACACCCAAGAAGAAAAAGGGUUCUGUUGCUAAGAGUUCUCUGGAAGUGCCUACCGUUACAAUCGAGGACCCUGAGAAUCAAGGUGAGAAUGUUGAUGAUGUUAUUGCAACUGUACUGAAUGAUGUUCUUGAAACUCCCCUGAACCCAUGUGAAGUUGAUAAUAUUGGGCCUGAUGUUCCGACAACUGAGAAGGAAGUUGAUAAUGUUCCCAUCAGCAAUCUGAAUGCUGAUGAUGGUGGUGAUGUUGAGAUUGAUGGUGGUCAGCCUACUCAGGAGGAAAUUAAUCCUGAUCCUAUCUCUGCGACUCCUGCAAGUCCUGAUGUAACUCCACCCCCAUCCUUUGAAUUGUUUGAUGGUAAUUAUGUGUCUCCCUCUCCCACUGGGAAUACUGAGGAACCUGCUGUCGAGGAAGAGGUUCAUGAAUUGGUUGAUGUUGAAGGCACAAAGUCCGAUGACUAUGUGUUGGCUAAGGUGUUGUUUGAGAAAAAGAAAAAGCAAAGACACUCCUCCACUCCCUCCUCUAAAUCCAAAUCUAGCAAGACUCCCAAGUUUCAUAGGAGUGCACAGGCCCAUGUCUCUACCAAGAAGAAGAAAAACAAGGAGAAGAAGAAGGCUGCAGUUGAAGAUAUGACUCCUCAGAAGAAGAGUGUCAAGAGAAAAAGAAGAGAUGCUGAUGAGUCUGAUGUCGAGCCUGAUGUCUCAGACAUUGACAUGACUGCCAAAAAGAGAAUGUCUGGAAGGAGAGUUCCAGUGAAUGUUCCAGAGGCUCCUCUGGAUAAUAUAUCUUUCCACUUUGUGGAAAGUGCUUCAAGAUGGAAGUAUGUCUUCCAGAGAAGCGUUGCUCUUGAAAGAGAGCUUGUUCCUGAAGCUCUUGGAUGUCAAGUAGUGCUGGACUUGAUUGCUACUGCUGGUCUCAUGAAGACUGUUUCAGGAUUUAGUCGCUGCUUUGACAAGCUUGUGAAGAAGUUUGUGAUGAAUAUCACCCCAGAGUGCAAUAUGGCUGGUAGUGCAGAGUACAGGAAGGUGUAUGCUAGAGGUAAACCUGUUAAUUUUUCUCCUAUUUUGAUUAACUUUAUUCUGGGUAAGAGCCAAGUGGCUCAUGAUAUUGGAGACAUUUUUUUGAAUGUAAUCACCAAGGAGAUCACUGCUGGGCAAGUCAAAUCUUGGCCCAAGAAGGGUAUGUUGUCUACUGGAAACUUGAGUGUCAAUUAUGCUUUGCUCAACCGCAUAGGAGCUGCUAAUUGGUUUCCAACCAAUCAUUCUUCUCACAUUUCUACUGGACUUGCCAAGUUGGUUUACUUGAUUGGCACUAAGUCUCCAUUUGACUUUGGAGCUUUUGUAUUUAAGCAAACAAUGAAGCAUGCAGAUACCUUGGCUGUGAAGUUGCCCAUUGCUUUUCCUUCUCUGAUUUCUGAGAUCAUUCUUAGCCAGCAUCCAGAGAUUGCGGCCUGA